AUGACGCUUGGCUUGCAUUUGAAUAAGGCUAAAAAGUUUGCCUUGACGGCUGUUUUCUUGAUAGGAAUAUUUAAAAUUGUUGUCGCUCUCAAUAAAUCAGAGGAAGUUCCAAAGAGAUCAGCAGAACUUGUCAUGGAGGAAAAACACAAAAUGAAUUUAUAUCAGAUUUGUGGGACUACUACAGAAAUCUGCGAGGUACCAAGAACAUAUCAAUUCCGAGUGAUUCUGCGUCGUGAUCAAUUACCUUGUUCUAGACUUUCUCUUUAA